CUCUCUCUCUCUCUCUCUACAUGGAAUCAGCAUCGAUCAUUUGUACGCGCGGUAAGUUUGCAUGCAGCAUUUGAAAGCUGGGGUGAAGUACUCGUGAUGUAUUAUCAAGGAUAUGCUCGAAAACAAAACAUAAAUUUUCUCUUUUGGAUUUGGCCAUCUAUCUUUCCACAUAACGUACGUACGACGUUGUUAAAAAAAAUUGGAUUUUCUUUUGUUAAAUUUUACUUCAUACUAUAAUAUUAUUACAUGCAAAAGUAAUGAAUCUUAAGCCCACGUUUUAUUUUUUAUUUUUUUGGCACGAAAUUGAUUCGUGCUCAAACUAAUUAUUAUCUGUAACUUAAUAAGGAACUUGUGCUGAUUUGCACCAACUAGCUAGCUGGGAUUUUUGCAAACUAUGGUUCAUAAAAGAUCAUAAAAUCAUGUGUACUUUCUAUAUAUGCGUAUUCGCAUUGGAAGUUGGUAGGGCUAUAGAUCAUCAGCAAUGUUUUAACUUUUGUGGAUGAAAAAUGCUGUCUGUAACCGGCUGGAGAAACCAUUGGAUAGCCGUGUCCCAUGUGGCACUAAAUAAAAUGGCACCGUUCCAUUUUUUUUUCAAAACGGUUCAACGUUCCUUCAUCUUCUUCCCAUUUCUAACUUUCAAACAAAAAUGCUCUCCAAGCACGGAAGUUCCUUCAUCUUCCCCAAGCGCUGUAAAAAAUCUACCUUCCAAAGCUCUGAAAAAAAUACAAAUUUCAAAGAAUCAAAUUGAGAAAUAUCUCAGAAUUAAAAAAGAAAGCAAUUAUGAAGAACUGGCAAGAACCCCUUUGAUUCCAAUUUUGAAUCUCACAUAUCCAAAAUUGAAAAACACAGAGGGAGAGGAAGAGGGAAAGGGGAACGUGCUGAGCUGAGCGGCAACAACGUGAAAUGAGCUUCUAGUUUUGCGGUCGAGAUUUAUUUUCGUCAGACAAAUAAAAAGAGUAAAAAACUAAAAGAAAAAUUCUUCUUAAAAUAAAAUGUGAUGCUAAGUGUGAAACUAUUUACUUUCUGUAAUCUAUACACAGAAAAUUUUAAGGUGAAGGCCAUUUCUCAUAAAAAACCUUGAAAAUUUCAUGCGAAGGUUCCUGCAGUCCUUGGAGCUUUUUAAGGAGAAUGAAACUAGGAAAUUGGCAAUUUUCACAGCAUUUGCUUUCUCUCAAAAGCUAUCUGGUCUUCCACCAGAGACUGUGUUCCAGCCACUGCUUAAGGAUAGUCUUGUGGCACAAAGGAAUUCUUUUAUUUAUUACAGAUUUCUUUAAGGAAUAUCUGAUUGAUAAUAGUCUUGAUGAUUUGAUUUCUAUACUGAAGCGGGGUAAAGUGGAAGAAAAUCUUCUAAAAUUUUCCCAUUUGCAAAGUGAUCGCCUGAGGAUUUUAACGAUUCCUGUCUUCUUCAUCAUGUUCUUUGAUUUCCUUUCAUCUAUUUAUUUUCCCCGCGGUUUCUCACCGCUGCGGGGGUAUAUAGAUGGACUGAUUGUGGAUAUAUACCAUGUAUAGAGAUGGGGUUCUCAAUGAAAAUUGAAUUCUUAGACAUCCCCCGGCCCCAGUACGUAGUUGCCAAGUUUGAAAUAUUGGGAGCAAAAGAUGCAGUUUUUUUUCCAUUGCUUUCAAGAUUUCCUUUAGUUAGGCACCACCAACCUGCAGCCAUGAAGGAGAUGGAUAGGCUUCAUGUGUAGGCUUAUCAUUUUGUGUGAAUAUUGGGCUAGCUUGCUGCUAACAUGGGGACAUGAAUCCAAGCUUCAAAAUAAGUGGCCCAGACUACGUAUAUAUUGAUAUUAUCUUCACAAUUAAUGUAAUUUUAAUAAAAACUUAUAAAAUCUUCCAUUGUUGUCAUGUCCGGCCUCAAAAUACGUAGACAAUUUUGUUACCCAAAACUGUAUUGUACAUAAACGACCACCUCGGCUUUCACACGUUCAGAUUGCAGAAGUAUUGGUUGUCACCUCGAUGGUUUGGUAUACGUAAUUAUGAUUAAAGAAGAUAAGAAUCUCGGACUUUUAUUCCCCAAACAUGCACGCACCAAAUCUAUAAAAUUAUAAAUACCAUGCCAUGGCCAUUGGCCAAGACAGACACCAAAUACAAAUACAAGUUAUAUUCUUAGAAAGCCCAGAAAUUGUUCCUUCGCAAAUUCAUUUGUUGUACGAGAAUACUCGAAAUGAAGAUGAUCGGAUUGAUUGGCAGUCUUGGCUCCAUUUGGCUAGUCUUGGCCAUUUCUGCAGUAGUAGCCCAACCAUCAUCCUCUCCCUCUCCUGUGCUUGACAGUGAGGGACGUCCUCUUGAACGUGGUGUAGAAUACUACAUCAAUCCUGCGAUUACUGACAAUGGUGGCCGUUUCACCUUGAUUAAUCGCAAUGACUCUUGCCCGUUUUACGUUGGCCAAGAGAACGUUUCAGGUCCGGAAGGCUUCCCUGUUAUCUUCACACCAUUCGCUGAGGAAGAUACAUUGAUCAGGGAGAAUAGGGACUUCAGAAUUGCAUUCUCUGCAUUCACAAUCUGUGUGCAGUCAAAUGCAUGGAUGGUGGGCGAAACAGACCCCGAGACUGAAAGGAGAUUGAUUGUAAUCCGACAAGAUAAAAGUGAGUUAAGUACCAGAAAUUACUUCAGGAUAGUGAAAGCUGCAGUCGGAGGUAAUAUCUACGAGAUUUCAUGGUGUCCUACCGACGUUUGUCCCACGUGUAAGUUUAACUGUGGAACUGCUGGUGGUUUGGUUGAGAAUGGGAAGAGGUUGUUGGCCUUGGAUGGUAGCGUCCUUCCUGUUACGUUUGAGAGGAACGCUGCUUAACAACCUCGCUUGUGUAAUAUUGAUCAGCAGUGGAAUUAAUAUUCAAUAAAUAGAGCUAGCUGGCUCCUUGCAAUAAUAAAUAAAGCUAGCUUAGGCAUGUACGUUUUGUAACUUCUUUAACUGGAAAUUAAAGACGUUGUAAUACAUAUAGUUUUCGAGACUGAAAGGAAAAUGUUAUCAUCUUUGAUCA